GCCCCACCAUAAAAUCGACAUAAAGUGCUUUUCUCAUGACAAAAAUGACCUUUACAACCUCCACAGCUACAAAUCGUAAAUAUAUACGAACCGAUUUUUAUGAAAUUCUUACAAUCGAGUCACUUUCUUGUGACAGUUUGACGUGUUAAAUACCAGUGGAGUUCAAAUUCAAAAUGGGAGACAACAAAGAAAAAACAAUGCCGAAAUACAUUAAAUUCUUAUUCGGAGGAUCGGCUGGAAUGGCGGGCACCCUCUUCGUCCAACCCCUAGAUUUACUCAAAAAUCGAAUGCAAUUAGCUGCUACACAAAAAGAAAGAGCGACCUCAUUCCAAGUCCUUAAAAAAAUCAUAGCAAACGAAGGCAUCUUCGCCCUAUAUACUGGCCUCUCGGCGGGGCUUUUGCGCCAAGCUACUUAUACAACGACACGUCUGGGGGUGUACUCGUGGCUUUUUGAGACGUUUUCCGAGGAAGGGAAGCCUCCUAGUUUCAUUGUAAAAGCAGGUUUAGGGAUGAUGGCCGGUGUGUGUGGGGCCUUCGUUGGAACCCCAGCUGAAGUAUCUCUAAUACGGAUGACUGCCGAUGGCCGUCUUCCCGCUGCCGAAAGGCGCAACUACAAAAACGUAUUCGACGCUCUCUUCAGGAUAACAAAGGAGGAAGGUGUUUUGACUCUUUGGAGAGGCGCAAUCCCCACAAUGGGGCGCGCAAUGGUGGUCAAUGCGGCACAGUUGGCCACUUAUUCGCAAGCCAAACAGAUUCUCAUGAAUACCGGAUUUUUCCACGACGGGAUUUUCCUACAUUUCUGUUCCUCAAUGAUUUCAGGACUGGUCACAACGGCCGCCUCUAUGCCAGUUGAUAUUGCCAAAACGAGGAUUCAAAACAUGAAGACAAUCAACGGCAAACCUGAAUACUCAGGGGCGAUAGAUGUUUUAGUAAAAAUCGUGAAAAAUGAAGGGCCGUUCGCUUUGUGGAAAGGAUUCACACCGUACUACUUCAGAUUAGGGCCUCAUACCGUCCUUACGUUUAUUUUCUUGGAACAAAUGAAUGCGGCAUAUAAUAAAAUCGUUUUGGGGAAAAAGGGGUCUGGGGGGCAAUUGUAAUCACAAGGGAAAUGAAAGCAAAUGUUACGCUUAUGUUUUUUUUUAUUAAAGUUUGUCUUAUUUACAUAUCGCAUUAUUUAGAUUUAUAAGUUGCACAAAAAAUAACUCAUUAAGGUGUAGGUCAGUUAAGCAAUGGAUUUUUCAAAUAAACAGAAACCUUGGCCGUGUUUUUACUAUUACUAGUCACUAGUCAUCUGAAAGUUACAUGUUUUUGCAGUAAAGACUGAUUCUAUGGAGACAUUGAAUAAACACAAAUAUAACGA